AUGGCUGUCCUCUGCGGCCCAGGGAGUGCAGCCGUCAAAGUCGGGGGAGCUCAAACCUCCCCAGCCUUCCCGCCGAGGAGGCUCGGUCCCCGGGUGCCCCUGAGCAGCGAUCGCUCUGCCUGGGCCGUGCGACUCACUCACCCGCGGCCGGCGCUCCCAGCGCGCGCUCCUCUCUCCCCGCCGCCCGCGGUCUCCCAGCGCCGUCGCCUCCUCCUGGGUCACUGCAGUCAGGGCUGCUCGGGGCCGCGAGGGGGCAGGGCGGCGCGGGGCGGGGCGCGGCCGCUGCCUCAGGUAACAAUGCUGCAGACCAGGCUGCUCCCAGCGCCAGCUGCAAAGGGCAGCACGCCCUUUCCAGCUCAGCCCUUCCUCCCUCCCACCCUUGAGCGCCAACAUCGGCGCUGCGGCGCUCACCUUCACCUGCGCGGGGCCUCGGAGGCCUGGGAGCCGCCACCCGGCAGGCAGCUGCCAGCACCUGAAGGCUGGAGCGGGGCGGCCACCGAGGACAGUAGGGGCGGCGGCGGGGGACAGAGAUGUACGGACUGUGAAGAAGAGCUAGGUGUCCUCGUGGAACCAGCCAGGGGAGGCGGCAAGCUGGCUCUGAACUGGCAAGUGGCUCCACAAAGGAGCCUCUGCAGCAGCCUCCCCGACACCCUCUCCUGCGCACACGCGCGCGCACACACAUGUGCGCACACGCACACUCAUUCACGCUCAGCUCAAACCCCGCGCGCACACAGGCCACCCUCUGCCCAACACACUCGUUUUUCCUUGGAGCAGGAGAGUAGCCCCCGCUCGCCGAAACUAGAGAAAGCCCGCACGCAGCAACGA